UAAAAUCUGAAAGUAACCAUAACCCAUAACGUGUACAUGUAUAUGCUGUGAGAGUUUUGAACUAUAAACUCCAGGAGGCACGCUGUGUUACAUGAAAACCAUAGAGGAACACACAUCACACAUCUGUUGCUGUGGCCUAUGUAAGAAGUUCUGCGUUGGUUAUUCACCACAUUUCUAUGAGUGACUCAGAGUUAGUCUUUGUUUUCGAGCAUUUGCAGCUGUGGGCCACUUGUUGCAGAGGAACAAACAAAAAAUAGGCAGCAAGCAGACUCACCGUCACCUGCAGAUGCACCUAUACAAGUAUCCAAAACAGAUGAAUCACAGUCCCAGUCACCACAGCAAACAUAUUCUCCAUCCUUUUUAUUCUCACUGGAGCAGGUCCUGAAGUCAAAGAUCUGAAUCUCAACAAAUAUGUGACAAACGUGUAAGAUUACAUAGUGGGCAAAAUAAACCCUCGUUUCUGAUUGGCUGGCACGUGUCAGGUUAAAUUGCAUAGUGGGCUUUACUGGGACCCCUUUAACCAUAACUCAGGCCAACGGUGAAACCACGGUUCUAGAUGCAUCUGCAUGGUAAAGUUGCAGAUAACCAUAGCAACAAUACAGGUGCACAUUACCACUUCACUCACUGCUGAAACUACCCUUACUAUAAGUUAAAGUCGGUUUCCUUUGGGUGUAUAUCCCAAAAUCACACAAAAUCCUAUCUAUCUAUCUAUCUAUCUAUCUAUCUAUCUAUCUAUCUAUCUAUCUAUCUAUCUAUCUGAAAUACAAAAUAAUGGGCCCAAACGAUCCAGUUUGAUUUACAUGAUCGCUUAAACCUUUAAAAAAAAUCACUGAUCGAUUUGAUUAGUAAGUGAGUGAUGUUAAUAACAAAAAAAUAAGGGAAGAGUAGGACACAUUGUAGUCUAUAUUAUAUCAUUUUUAAAGUUUGGUUGUAGUUGUUUAAGUUCCUCACCUAUAAAUACUUUUGCUGUGGUUGCCUGUAUAGCUCAACAAACCUACUUGUGUGUUGACAUAGAAACGUGGUAAACUGUUUACUUUCAGGUGCCCGAGUCUGAUAAUGCACUCCCAACCUAGAGAAGAAUAAUAUGAACUAGCUUUAUCUAAUAUAUCGCUGCAGUCAUGUUUUCAGUCUUAUAUCAGACAUUUUUUAGGUUAGGUGAAAUAAAGUAGGUUGUGACCUUAAUGUGUGGGAUCUCUGUGUUGUCUCUCUCACACCGACGAGCAGGCCCGGCGCACAGGAACACACUCGUACAGGCAGUUGCAGCCACAGACGUGCGCCAAAUGUACAGUUCAGAGUGUGGGAAAAAGAGGACAGUGUGAAACCCGCCAAACCAUCAGAGCGGAGAGCGGUUUACAAAGUGUUACACAGAUGAGAUGGAGAAUGCAGCAGCCAAACGGAGCAAACGGUGCGAGGAAAGCCGACAUGUACAUGUGUGGUUUCCACAUAUUUCUCUCUAUUUCCCUCCAUCUGUCCAUCUCUGUCACUUUCAUAUGCGCUCUUUCUGUCGAACGGUGUUUCUAUCUAUCUGUAUCUAUCACCACCUCCCUCUCUCUGUCUCUCUCUCUCUCUCUCUCUCACACACACACACACACACACACACACACACACACACAGGAGCCCAGUUCCCACGGUGGCGGGGGCAGCUGAGCGGCGUGUCAAUCUGCGCACAGCGUCAUCUCUUUUCACUUGCAAAAAGGAAGUAGCGCAGGGCUUUUGUUAUGUGAAGUCCCACCGUCUCGUCAUUUAAAAACAACUGGAAUAUAUCUGCAGUUUAUGAUUUAAACAGCCACCUAUAAGCGCCUCCUCAGAGCGCUACAAAUGACUUGAGAGACUCCCGGUCCGUUUGGUUCAGCAGAGACUUUUGACUGUCUGAGGUUAUAGAUAUGUACUUAUGAAAAGAUGCGCUCACACCUGAGACAACCACUGCUCAAACUACACAGAGAAUUAAACUUUAAAUCUGGGACUGAUCCAUACAUUUUUAUUUUAUUUCACAUUUGUGCACAAAUUAACUGAGGUCUGAGAUGUUCACUGGUAGUCAGUCAGUCAGUCAGUCUGUCAUUCCUGUCAGGGUCACACUGCACAGAGGGCUGGGUAUCAUAAAGCUCAAGCAGCAGCAUGUACUGUAGCUUUUCAUCUUUAGCCAAUGUAACAUUAAAGUGUGUUAAUGUAUCCAGAUGUUUUUAUUGCUUAAAAAGACACUUUACUUUAAACACUAAUAAUUUAGACAAAUAUAUUGUGUAGUCCACCCGCCUGUUAUUGUUUUCCCAGAUCUUUUACCUGUUGUGUGUCAAAAUAAAAGUGUAUUGUCAUAUUUUAUAGAUUGCGUAAAAAAUCAUGUCUAAGAUCAUGUUUUCAGAAAGUUUCCAUUUGGUUUAUUUUUCAGGAGCCCGAUCGCUUUGCAUGAGUAAAAUCCUCGCUGAUGCUAUAGUGACCAUUUACAUCCCUGUCAAUGAGACAUGACUGACUUUUUGUUUCAAGUUCCUGUCGAUGAUAAUCCAGUGGAUGAUCCUUUACAACGUGUCCGUUUUCUCAGCGGUUUCCAGCUCUGACAGCACCAUGCCUCUGGCUUUGAGUCCACUUCCUGGGGUCGGCUACAGGAGAUCGGAUAUAGGCCUAUACAGCUCACCAUAAUAUUGCUGCGGGCGGCUUGUUUAAUAUUUCUACAGCAACAUUUGGCUCCCCCCUCAGAAGGCCACGCCCCCUCCCGGCAGAUUCACAGCGCCCUGGUCCCUCCCACUCACCGAGCCGGCAGCCUAUAACCUCUCCGGGUUUCCGCCCAUUCCUCCACAGUUGAUUCUUUGGGAAGGUAUUGUCAUGCAUAUAAAGGACGCGUAAAAUAUUCCCCCGGAGCGCAGCGCAGGGCAGAGACUCACGGACCGCGCGGAGGACACAGACCGGGCCACACGGUGGAUUUCUAUCGUUUUCGUCGCUACAGACCCGUCCAUCUGUCACAGACACCCUGGCCACAUGAGCAGCGACAUAUAGCCUGGAUGCGUAGCCAGGAACCAGGUCGGACCGUUUAAGGAAAAAACCUGCGGGGACCCAGCAACGAGGAGGCUGCUCUGUGGAGAUAGUGGUCAGACUUCCAAUUUCCCCAAGUGAAGUCGGAGGCGUCUCUCUUCUCCAUCCCUUGCGAUAGGCUACCUGCUGCUGCUACAGAGGGGGAACUACAUCUAGGGGCCCCUGGAUCGCAUGAGAGCACCCUUCAAUGUUUUAGGGAUUUUAGGAUCUCUCAAAUAUUAACAUUUUUUGCACACCGAGUGUGUUAUUUCCUCUCUUGUCCUUUUUGGGAUAUACACAGUGAUCUUUUUUCUCUUUUAGUACUUUAAAGUGCCUUAAUAGCUGGUUAUAAUCCAGUGUAACUGUGGCAUUGUUACCAGACCAGAGACGCUCAACAGGGAGAAGACAUUAUUAUCAGCUUUAGAGCCCAGGCAGGAUUACUGGUUCCCAACCAUCCAGCGAGCUGCAACCAUGAGCCAGGCGGAUGUGUCGACUUGCUCCGCACCGCAGAGGGUUUUCCAGGAGGCGGUGAAGAAGGGCAACACCAAGGAGCUUCACUCGUUGCUGCAGAACAUGACAAACUGCGAGUUCAACGUCAACUCCUUCGGGCCAGAAGGGCAGACAGCCCUCCACCAGUCCGUUAUUGACGGGAACCUGGAGCUGGUAAAACUGCUGGUGAAGUUUGGUGCAGAUAUCCGGCUGGCCAACAGGGAAGGGUGGAGCGCUUUACACAUCGCCGCCUUCGGGGGCCACCAAGACAUUGUGCUAUACCUCAUCACCAAGGCCAAGUACUCCUCUGGCGCCCGGUGAUCUGUCUCUGCUGUCAGGUAAAAUAAGAAAAGUAACAAAUAACAAAACAACAGCAACAAGUGGAAAAUAAAACUGCAACACACGGGAAAGCCAGGCUCUUUUUAAAAAGCAAAACAAACUGCCAUUAUCUACAUAGUUGUGCCAAAUUAUAUAAAAAGGAAAUACAAAAUAGGCCUGCACAGUAAUCUUCCCUCACUGUAAACCAAACGGGGCCCUCUCUGCACUCCCGAGUGAAGCCACCGCAUGGUUCAUACACAGCGCUUCAGCUUCAACACGACUCUUUAACAAAAGAAACGCCAUUUCGGUGAGUUUGUUGGUACUAAAGCUUUCCUCUUGAAUGUGUAUACUAGAUCGUGUCGUCCACUAUAAAAGAAGCCAGUCUCUGUGUAUCACAUGUGUGUGUGUAUGUGUGUGUUUGGACUCCAGAGUGCAGAUGGCCCAGUUUUUUUUUCCUCUAUCCAUGACCUCCCAUCCUCAGUACAGUUGAAUAGUUUCUUUGUGGGGGGGUGGGGGUGGGGGGUGGGGGGCGCAGAUUUGACCUGUUGCUCCUCAUUGUUCACUUGUAAAACCCUUUUUAAGUUAUUUUAUAUGAAAACACGGCACUUGAUGCUAUAUGGCUGCAUGCUGGAAUAUCUGAAAGGGAAGACACAUGAACAAGAGAAGAAGGGUUGCCCUCUGUUGGCUACCUGUGGUCUAUUUUCUUUAAUAGCUAAAUUCAUUGACUUUUUGUUUUGUUUUGUUUUAACUCAAAGAGCGGCAUUAUGGCUAUCCAACACGCUUUUCAGAUGUGUAAUCAUUAUGUAACAACAACUGACUUCAUCGUUGUUGUGAAGUACUGUACACAAUAGCUUUACUUUUACUUUUUUUUUUUUUUCAAGAGUAAAGAGACAGUAGCUGAAUGCGCUGUGCCUGCUGCAGCAGAUCUUGCCAUGCUGGCGUCCAACUUUUCAGGCCAGUGCGACCACUUUGCCAAUGGUCGCUGUGUUACUAAGAAAAACCGCUGCUUUCGCUUUGUAUCAAAAAAAAAAUGUCGCAUUUGGAAUUCACUUUAUAAUCUCCUUUCAGUAUUUUAUUAACAUCCUAGUCAUCACUGUGAAAGCAGGCUGGGUUUUUUUUUAUUUAUGAAGGUACAUUGAGAAGAUGCAUUUUUUUUUUUUUUAAAUAUGUUGUGGUUCUUCUUAAAACAAAAAAAAAUCUAUGAGUGUGAGAAUAUCUAGGGUGACUCAAGCUGCUUCAGACUCGUAGUUAUAAACUGUCCCGUGUGGAGGUAGACCUGCCACUCUUCCUCAUCCACCACCAUCCCAGAAACCCUCACCCCCCCACCCCCUGUUAUCGCCUGUUGACCCUCAAGUGGACUUUCUCCCCCCUCCCAUUGAAAGGACUUUGUUUGGUUGCCUUUUGCCAGCUACCUCGACUAUAAAGUAUUCUCAAGUUGUUCAGCUCUCUCACCACUCUGCCACGUUGUUUGGAGUCUGAAGAGAUUCACAAUUUGUCUGUGAUCAUCCGCAUGCCAGUAUGUUUUUUUUUGUUUUUUGUUUUGCUUUGUAGCCUGACAGAUGGACUUCAAAACAGAAGAUGCAAUGAACCCAUCCCUGCAUCCUCAGUCGGGACAGUUUAUUUUACACUACAACCAAACCUAUUCUGACAAGCAAAGCCUGAUUUUUGCCUUUCUGCAAGGGAGUCUGUGGUUCUCUCUCUCUCUCUCUCUCUCUCUCUCUCUCUCUCUCUCUCUCUCUCUCUCUCUCUCUCUCUCUCUCUCUCUGUCACUGCCGUUGUUGCAUGUUUUCCCUAUAAACCUCUCUCUCUCUCCUCUCUCGCUCUCUCUCUCUCUCUCUCUCUCUCUCUCUCCAUCAGCCUGUUUUUGGUCUUUUUUUCAGUCAUAUAAAAAUGGAAUUGUAUCGCAUGACUUAUAAAUGCAGGGAGUUUUAUUGCACAAAAAAUGCGGAGCCUUGUGCGCCCCCAGUGUUUGUACGGGGUAACUGCAGGAGACAAGGCUUUGGAAUAGUUACUACUACUGAGCAGGACCCUAAUACUGUUGGACGAUGAAGACUUAAAAAAAAAUCAAACACAUGACUGUUGCAGGAUGUCACAGAAAAGGAAAAAAAGAGAAUUUGGUUCCAUAAACUUGCCUGCUGCAUUUUGAAAGUCAUGGCACCCUAACGUUUGUAUCAAUGCUGCUUGUAUGUUUCUUUUUUUUUUUUGUUAAUGUUGAUGUUAUUGGUUUUUUUUUUUUUAAAGCCUACUGCUCAAUUGGCCAACAGUUGUAUAGAAGCUUCACAGCAGCACUGGUUAACCUCAUGAGAAGCUGCUGUGUGUGUGUGUGUGUGUGUGUGUGUGUGUGUGUGUGUGUGUGUGUGUGUGUGUGUGUGUGUGUGUGUUGUGUUUUAAAUUGAAAGUGUGUGUGUUUGUGUCUGUGUGCUUCUCGUGAGGCUCCAAGCCGCUGUGUUACACAGUCAUCCAGACUGAGAACUUCCCAUUUUUAAACCUGGAACAACCACAAGUAACUGAAGCGAUAGAUCCAUACAUCAAGGUAUAGAUUGAUAUCAGACAACAAAUGAAAUAUGCAUCGCUUGUCUUAAACUUGAUGUUUGUUUUUUUUUCGUUUUUUUUUGUUUGAAUAUUGCACUGAUGACUGUUGUUGAAAAGUUGGCUUUUAUGUGUCAACAUUUAAAUUUUUUUCUGAAUAGAAAAAAAACAAACACAACAAAAUACUAUUGUAUAAAUAUAUGCUCCAGGUGAUAAUGUCCUAAUGUGUGUGUUACUUUGUGAAAAAAAAACACGAUGUUUUUUUUUUUUAACAAAGAUGCGUGUAUCUCUGUGAUUGGGUGUAUGUAUAUAUACAUAUGGAUAUAUAUAUCAACUCUGAUGAUGAUGAUGAUGAUGAUGAUAUCUAGGGGCACUUUCUUUUCUGAAGUGCUGUCUUCCUGUUUUUUUUGAAAGGGGAAUAAUACAUUUGAUGGUAAGAUCAUUGUAACAUGAUUAAAAAUUGCACGGUUGUGUGGUUGUUUGGCUUACCAGGGUCAUAACAUUUAUGACGUAAGGAGCCAGCCACCGGAUUGGUGUACAUGAGUGAGAUGAUUUUUUAAUAAAAAUAAAAAAAAAAGUGCUGACUUCUUUGGACCAAGUUGUGUUUCUGGUCUUGCUUCAUUUCAAGCAAGGGGAAACAGCUGAUUAUUCAUGAGUGAUGCAGAUGUUCCAUCAUGUUUAAUUUUUUGAUUUUUUUUGUUUUUGUUUUUGUUUGUAUUCUUUUAUUUUCGAACGUUUGUAACACUGUGAUGAUGACGUGAUGUCAUGUGGAGAUGAGUGCUGUAUUAUUUUUGUACGUUUGUGUACAAGCCAGUAAAGAAAUCAUUAAACUCAAAUUCACUGUG